AUGAAACACGUAACGGCUUUAUUGUUUGCUUUGGUUGGAUUUUGUUCAGCAAUCAGUGUCGAAAUAGGAACUGUUCAAUCAAUUGCUGUUACUGGUAAACUACUUUGUGACACCCAACCCGCAAAAAAUGUAAAGGUGAAGCUCUACGAAGAAGAAGUUGCAUUGGAUGUCCUUCUCGAUGAAAGAUUCACAAAGGAAGACGGAACAUUUGAAAUGUCCGGACACAAGACUGAGGUCACGUCGAUUGACCCCAAAGUCAACAUUUAUCACAAAUGUAACUACGACGGUGUGUGUUUCCGAAAAAUCAGCAUAACCAUUCCUGAAAACUUUGUGAGCAAUGGUGAAACUCCUUCGAAGACGUUUGACAUUGGAGAGAUCAAUUUGGCCUCGAAAUUCACGGGACAAUCAAUCUUAUUGGAUUCGAAUGGCUCCUUUCUCGACCCAAGACAAACGAUCUAUUCGCUCAAUGGAGCCGGAACCGAACAAAAUCCGCUUUUUCUGUUUCAAAAGACUAAAGACAGAGAGGAUAUUUCGACAAGUGAUGUCGGCUACAUCAUCCAGCAAAUUGAUAAUUGCACCGAGCAGGCAAAGCUUGUUCUAGAACGAGAAUCUGCAACCGACAUUUUCAUGCUUCUUCCCGAAAAAGCUAAAGAAUGUAAAAGGAUUCAGCAGAUGGCGUUGAAUACAUGUUCCAGAUAUGUCAGAGAGCACAAAUUGUUGUAUCAGGGUUGGAUGGCGCUGAUAAACAAUCUAGACGAAUCAAUUGCAAAAUUGAGUAAACGGACAAAUCGUUUCGAGAACCUGAUGGUUAAAAUGAGAGAAAUCUAUGAGAAAGCUGAAAUCCUGUUGCAAGACUUUUCGGAAUCUCUUGUUCAUCUCAAAAAAAUUGAUUUGCCGAAUGAACUUCUUAUUAAGUCAUUUGGUAGCGCUUCUUUAAGCGCAACUGAAAAAUUAACAUUAUAUGAUUGGAUUACACGAGCCGAUGACACAGCAACAUUGGAAGAACUCGCAGAACAAGUCAAAACUCAAAUUCUCUCUUUUAAAACGCAUACGUGCAAAAAUAUAUUCACGGCAAUUAACAGUGUUGUUGAGCAGUCGCAAAAUGCAGAAUAUCGUCAUAUUAAAGGCAUUGCGAAACGAUUCGAACAAUUGGAGAAUAGUCUUGCAAAUUGCGCAGAGUUGAAAAAAGACGCUGAUGGGUUAAUCGAUCAAAUCACUGUCACGCCGAAAAACAUAACUGAAGCCAAAUUGAAUCAACUUGUUCAUGAGCAUCUUCGGUAUAUGAGAGAGAUCUUCGAUUUCAUGGAAAAACUGAAGAACACCGCGCGGGUAUUCGAUCAAUCAAAACAGGAGCUUUUGCAAAACGUUAGAGCACGCCUUUCGGGUUUCAUUGUGACAUCGUAUGAUAAACUUAAAUAUGCUCACAUGGAAAUGAUUACCUAUGAGGAGAAAUCGAAUGGAGUUCGCCUGCGUCUCGACUUGCUCGAGCAAAUCAAGGAGGCUCCCAUUUUAUACUCGCAGUUUGUAUCAGAAGCGAUUCGGCGAGCAAUGUUCAAAAGCGAAAUCGAACUAUGGCAUAAUGAUCAUUCUGAAAGAUGUAUGAAUAUAACGAAUGAAGAAAAUGAGAUGAGAAAACGGAUAUCAAAGAAACUUGAAAAACAUUUUCUGAGAUCUUUAUUUUCUGAAAUGUUCGAUGAUUUGCCGCAGUUUUUUGUCAAAGCUCCUCUGCCUCCAUUCGACGUGGGAAUCCCAAAAAUUGAGCAGAACUAUCUUAGUCAUUUGCGGCACAAUGUUCCUGAGCUUGAAGCAUAUUUAAAAGUGAAGACUCCUGACAUUUUAGCAAAACUUGCUGCCAGGGAUCCACGUUGCGGCUCCAUAGCUCAGAUGAAAAGGGAAGAAAGUUUUUUCACGAAGGAACCACUUCCAAGUGCGCACUAUAAUUAUUCUCCUGCUCAAUGGCUGAGUGAGGAUGGGGGCGAAUCGUCUCCUGUUCCUCCAUCGAUUAUGAUGGCUAGAUCUCCAGAUGCAACCAUGAGAGAAUCUCAAAUCGCAGCUAUUCCUAUAGUUCCUUCAUUGCAACAAUUAGAUCUCUUGAAUAACUCGUCGGUGUCGUGUGUUGCGCGAAGUGCUCCAAUAGCUAUCCCGUCAAAUUGCUCACAACAACGGGAAGCGCCUCAACCACACCCGUUUUCUUCUGAUGCAUCCAGCAAAUUUUCGAUACCCGAUCAACGAUUCAUUAAUAGCACUGAAGAUCAACAGCAGUUUUCUGUUGAUGAUGUUACUUCGAACACUCAAUACUUGGAUUUAUUGACUUCGAUGAAAUUGGAAAUCGCAACUCUUUCGAAAGGUCUUCGAGAUACUAGAGCGGAAGUUAUAAACAAUUCGGAUCGGUUCGCCAAUGAUUUCGAACAGAUACAUGACUUUUUAUCAUCUAAACUUCCAAAUGGCAUUAUCCAGUUGAGGAAGGACUAUGAGGAAAAGUUGGAAGCUCACUUGAGUACAAUUAAAACUCUCACUGAGAAAAUUGCUGAAUCUGACGAAAAUCAGAAGCAAAAUGAAAAUGAAUUGGAAUUGUUGAAAGCCGAAAAAGAUGAGUUGAUCGAUAAACACGCGGAGGAAAUAAAAUCAUUCGAAGAAAAAAUUGCCAUGAUGGAACAAGAUAUAAAAAACGUUGGGAUGGAGACGUUUAAAAAGUUGACAAUCGAAUAUGAAUUGAUGACGGAUCAAUUGCGAAGUGAUCAUGAAGAAGAACUGAAUAUUAAAGAAUGCGAGAUCAAUAAUUUGAAGAAAGAAAUUGAGAAGAAAAAUGCCGAACUUCAAAAAUCUCAAAUGGAUCCACACACGGAAGAAUUUAAGAAAAAUCUUGUUGCAGAGAUACGAGCAGAUAUUGAAAAGGAAUACAAAGCACGAAUAGAUCGUAUUACAAAGGCCAUGGAACAGAAGAAGGACGAAAGUUUGGCAAGAAUCAGGAAAGAAGGAGAAGUUGAAAUGAUGAUUUUGCGCGACAAGAAUGAACAAUUGACGAAGACAUCGAAUGAAAUAAUUUCAAAGCUCAAAGAACUUAUUAAGACAAAUGUGGAAAAUGGAGAGACUUUGCUUAAAGAAAUUGACGAUUCUAUCGAUGUUUUUGAUGUUCAUAGUAAUUUUCCGACAAAACUGCCGAGCUGGAACGUUAAACGUUCCGCCUUCGCUAGUUCAAAAUCGUCAUCAGACAUGGAAGAAAGCGUGAUGGUUACUUCGAUGAGUACCAGCACUGCCGUACCAUUUUCUGAAGAUUCAAGUGACGUUCAAACAAUUGACGUUGACAAAAACUGCGUCACAAUAUCUACUCAAACAAAAAUUUGCCUUCCACAAAUGAAUAUGAUGGUUUCCAUUCAAGAUAUUCGUGCCGGUUGCACUGUUUUGGUUAUUUGGGAUGAUCGCCACAACUCUUACAUUCUUUUCUGUUCGAGCCAAUUCCUUCACUUUGUAAAGGAAUCGUCGCUUCGAAAGCUCGGACUGUCUCCGUCUGAAAAGAACACUCCAAGACGCAACUGGGUUCUUGGUCGUGCCGUUGGUGUUGAUAACUGUGUGAUUCGCAAACCUACAAAUCGAUACAAAUUGCCAGUCUCCACUGUCGUUCGACGAGUCGAUGUUGAACCUUUCCCACAAGAAUUGGUUAUCGACGAGCAGCUCUGA